CACAAACCAGGAAGAAACUAAAAUGUUAGACAAAUAUUACAUAGUAGUAGACAGACGAUACAUGGACGAAGAGGAUUCUUUUUCUAGAGGAAUAAGUUUAUUAAAUGUUGUAGAAGUGGUUCUGUCUGUAUUAGUUAUACUUUUGCAUUAUCAAAAGAGCAAGCACACACGCCUGAUGGCGUUCACGGUAUCAGUGAUGACUUUCUGGAAGACCGUACUGUAUUUUGUAAUGUUUACAGAAUAUUGUGGAGCAGGACCACUACGAGUACAAAAUACAAUAAUGCAAGAAAUAUUUAUAUACGUUAUUCCAAAUGGUAUAUGGGUUGUCGUUCCUUUUCUUGUUAUGAUUCAAUUAUGGAGUCUUUUAGCAGCAGACAGUAAACAGGGUUCAAAGUUUAAUUAAUUUCAUUGUAGAAAUUGAAUUAAUUAGUUUUUGAUGACGUCAGUUUUAUUCUAAUAUCUUGGCGUUAUUAUGUUGCCUUAUAAAUGUUCUUAAUGUUUUAUAGAUAAAUGUUUGAUGGAUGUGGCUCGA